AUGGAUCCCGCUUCACUCGCCCUCGCCGUUGUCGGCCUGGGGUUGCAGCUGGUGCAGAUGACGACAAGCAUCCGUGAGAAGAUCAACGCCUACAAGUCCGCAGCACAAGAGCUAUCCAGUCUUUCCGAGAAGCUAGAGAACAUCGAAGUGAUAUUUCACUCUCUAGAGGUCGCUUUCAAUGGCUACGAGGAAUCGUCCAGGCCGUGGGAUGUUGUUCUCCUCAGACAGUUGUAUAAAAUCAUGCGCGACUGCAGCGAUAAAGUUUUGCGUCUUCACGGUAUGAUCAACAUGAUAUUUGCUAGCCAAACGAGAAGAAUUAAACCCUUUGGUGCUCUGGGGGCCCUUUUCCUACAGCACAGAGGGGCUUUGCGCAAGUGUAGUAACGAACUGGACCAAUCACUCGCGUCGCUACACUCCAAUAUGACUGGGAAUAUUCUUGUCAUGCUUAUGACUUCUCCGAAACGGAAGCUGAACUCCACUCCCACUCCCAUCAUCGACGCUUCUAACGAGGAGAAUACGAUUGAGAGUACGUCUGACCCGCAAAUAAUACAGCCUCGGAGAAUUAGGAAUAUUUCAGACAUGGAAGUUAAGUCUUGGAGGCACUCAUGGGGUUCCGUAUAUUAUCUCGAACAUGUUACCAAACGGAAGAAAUCGUCGAAUCAAUCCACCAAUGCGGUCCAGGAAGAAUCGACGUUGCUAAUUAGCUCGCCUUUACUCCGCCUUUACAUCAAAUUGUCUAUACAACGAGGAUUUCUCAACCCCCUAACAUUCUCUAUUCAGUUCCCCCACGUUCUGCUUCUUGAAGAUUUCAGAGGCCUUAAGGUGGAACUUGAGCGGAUCAUGAAUCGAAACGAUCUUGUGGCAUUCCAGGCCCUUCUAACUGAAGGGCCGCUGACCCCUGCUACGAGGCUAGCAUCUCCUCUCCUUUACCCAGGGGAUGGGAUAUCUCUACUUGGACUUGCUAUCGUACUUGAUUCCUACGAUAUUGCCGGUUUCUUGAUGCCGCAUUAUUCGGUUGUACUCGAAAGAAAUGGAAAUCAUCUCCCGGAAACUAUAUCCUCCAUUCGUAUAUAUGGUGGUUUUAUGCGGAAGUGCGCUGCACCCGUUUAUAUCGACUUUCAGAAAGAUUCCCUCACGGCCUCAGAGUUCCGUUAUUUAUUAAAGACCAAUGAGCAUCCAGAUUACACAAACCACUGUAUCGAGGCUUAUAAAAGAUAUUUCUCGGACAACUGGAUACUGUUUGGAAACGAUGUAUGGAACAACGUCGUCAUGCAUUUCAUCACAUCGGUUGACAUCGAAGAAAUACAAUUCGAUACAAAGACAUCUGUGUACCUUGUUACAGAGCUUGUUGGGCAUGGAUUUGAUAUUCACUCCAAAGCAUGGGCUGGAAUAAAUGAUCCUUGGAACGGACUGACGGCACUUCAAGGUAUCAUGAAGUGUCCAGAAAAUCCAUGCGAUAGCCUGUGGAUGGUUGAGUCUUGGGUAAAUCUACUGGAGCAGUGCGGCGUCAACAUUGAGCGAUAUCUCACGAUCGAGAUAGCUCAUUGCACUUCGAUUUGGGCCGAAGUUGUUGACUUCAACUCUUCCGGCUUAUAUACACCACAGUUUGCCGUCCAAGAAUUCCAGGGCCGGAAACUCCCAUGUUGGGUCAUGACGUGUGAUCAGUCAUGCUCUACUCCUGACCUCAUGGCCGAGUUCCCUCAUUUGACCUACGGUAGCGCAUCUGACGACUGGUUAGACCUAUACCGCUUCGAGGCACAACCAGCAGAAGGUCAUAAAACCUGGAAGGCCGCUGGUCUGGGGGUUGAAUUUCCUUUCCUUCUCGUACCGAGCCGACACCAUUCGGAUUUGGUUGUUGAACGUGCUCUCUUCGGGGGGCCAUGGAUGGGGUCCGAGGAACAUGAGAGCUGUCGGGUACGUUCAAAAGCGUUCCAGUAUGCAUGCGAUCUCAUAGAGAGUAGGUUUGAGCGACGGAUUGUGAAAAAGCUUUGCAAAGCCGAGGGUGUUAAGAAUCUCAAGCUCGUGAGGAGGAUGCCGGGAUCUUGGGUUGAUGAGGAUGUUUAG